AUGGUCUCCUCUAUCCGGGAGGCACUUGCCCGCUCCAGGGCCUCGUGGGAACCUAGCCACGGGUAUGGUCACCUUGAUCAGGCGACAUCCUUUUCCUGCCUCUCUUGGUGGUCCAAACUGAAUGUGGAAGUGGAUGCGUGGGUGGUUGCUUAUUGCCACCAGCUCGAAGCUUCACACCGACUGAUUGCACCCAACGCUCGUUUCUUUACCGAAUUGGCUGCCCUCUACAUCGGUGACGUCAAACAGUCGCUAUUGAAUCCAGAACAGGUCCAGGAACUGGUGGCACCGCCUGCUCUACGCAAGAGAUGGCACGAUCGGCAGACGAUUACACCAGAGGCAGAGCUGGAGACCGAUUGGACCAGUCUGGCUCGCGCCAUGAGCUCCCUUCCGGCAGGUGUCCAACGUUGGACCACAAAGCAUGUCGUGGGUAUGUGUGGUAUAGGGAAGUUCAAAGUCCGGUGGGGUUCCGCAGACUCAGCUGCGUGCCCCUGCUGUGGCGAGUUCGAGGACCACCUUCAUGUUCCUCGAUGUAUGGCGCCCUCGGCAAGUGCGGAAUGGGAGCGCCAGACGGCGACGUUGGACCAAUGGUUGGACACCCAAGUCACUGACCCAGCCACCAAACACGCUGUCCUCCAUCUUCUUCAAGGGGUUAGUGAUCCGUCCCUACCUUGCAGUCGGUUGGUCCCGGUUCGUCUUCGCCCCGCUUUCCUCUCCCAACAACGCAUCGGCUACCAAUGUUUAUUGGAAGGCCGGCUGUCUGUUCAGUGGCCCUGGGCGGCCCUGCAGGAACAGGACCUUCAGUCACGAGGGAGCCAACGCUCUCCGGCCCUGUGGAUCUCUCGCCUGUCGCAUCAGCUGAUCUUGCUUGGAUUUCAUAUGUGGGAACAUCGGAACUCGGUGCAACAUUCGGAGGACAACGUACAGCUACGCGAACGUAGCCAUUUGGUGAACGCCGUUAUAUCCUUCACCGCUUCUUCCACCCGGCCCAGGCCCCUUCACCCGUUUCGAGGAAUCAACGCCCCGAAAUCACCCCGCCCCGUCGCGGGUAGAGUUAGGAUCCUCUCGAUCCUGACUAGAGCAACUUCUGUCCACCAGAUGUCUCCAAUGGUUCAAACUAGUUGUUGA